GGGUUACUGACUCCGUUAACCACUCGAUCUCCGGUGGCGGCAGCAGCGAUAGCAGGUAACCCCUUGGUGGCCGCCACUGACUAACACCGGGGAGCAGCAGCAGCAGAGCGCAGGCUCCCAGCAGUGAUCAUCGGCUGCCCGGGGUCCUCCCGCUGUCACCAGGGCGCGGAGGAGGAGUUUCCUAAUGUUCAGUUUGUUCAGUAGAUCGAUGUUCGCUGGCAUCGCUUCCCCCGCCUGUGGCUGCUGCUGCUGCUACGUGUGUGUGUGUGACCGAGGCGGCGGCUCCUCUCCCGGCUCCCAGUAGUCCCCGGCUGGCAGCGUCUGACAGCGGCAGCACUGCACCCUCCUCACCCGCCUGCCUGCCCCCCCCCGGCACCGCCGCACACGGGAGAGGGGGGUCUCCCUGCCUCCUCCUCUCUCCUGUGCCGCCACCACCAUCAUCAUCAGUAUCUGUAGUACUAGUCCCCGGCUCACCCCCUUCCUUCUCACUCACACGCUGGCUGCUUAUCAGGGCGCUGAGGAGCUGCCACAUCCAUUCAAGAAAAACAGAGCACGCAGUGGGAGAGCCCACGGGGAGAACACGCAGAACCCACACUCUCUGCCUUGGUUUUUCUUUUUUUCCCCCCAAUUAUUUGCUGUGAGCUGGAUUGAAGAAGAGAGAUUGGCAGGAGAGACAGACGAGAGAUGCCCAGGAGGAAGCAGCAGGCACCAAAACGGGCAGCAGGGUAUUUCCAAGAAGAAGAAGAUUUGAAGGGUGAUAGCGUAAAAGAUGAAGAGGAGGAAGAUGAUGACAGCAACUCUGCCACUCCGCUACAGGACAGCACUUACUCGCCCACAGAUGAAGAACAAGAGGUAGCGGGAGACCCGAAAACAAGCAUCAGUUUCCAAAAUUCUCCAGCUAGUCACAUAUGCAAUCAAGACGGGGAAAGUGAAUCCUUGGUGAGUGAUGCCAGUGAUCAGGUUACUGAUGUAAAAAGCAUAUCUUCUAAAGAUGCUCAGGACCAAAAAACAGACCCCCUACCCAGGCUCCAACCAGAGGCAAACGAUUGCAUGGAUAAAAUGAAGAUGGCCUAUGCCAACAUAUUGUCUGACUCGUACUGGACAAGUUUGGGACUAAGUCUUAAGAUGCCUCGCACAGAAAGAAAAGUAUGUGACAACCGUAAUGGAACCACUAAAGGAGAGUUUGAUUGGCAUCAAGAUGCACUAUCUAAAAGUUUACAGCAAAAUUUUCCUACAAAAUCUAUUUCUAAACCAAACCUCUUCAGUUCUGUUCAGUUGUACCGACAAAACACCAAAAUGUACGGCACAGUCUUCACAGGAGCAAGUAGAUUCCGUUGCAGACAGUGCAGCGCUGCUUAUGACACCUUGGUGGAAUUAACUGUGCACAUGAAUGAAACUGGCCAUUACCAAGAUGAUAACCACAAGAAAGACAAGCACAGACCUGCUAAUUUUUCAAAACCCCGGAAAAGGGCAUUUCAGGACAUGGACAAGGAGGAUGCACAGAAAGUCUUAAAAUGCAUGUUUUGUGGUGACUCAUUUGAUUCUCUCCAAGAUCUAAGUGUUCACAUGAUUAAAACAAAACACUACCAAAAAGUGCCUUUAAAGGAACCCAUUCCAAGCAUCUCAUCAAAAAUGGUCUCCUCUGCAAAGAAACGGGUGUUUGAAGUGACUCGACCAUGCUCACCAGAUUCAACCACGGGUUCCUUUGUAGAUCACUGUUCCACAACGAAGAACUCAAAUUCCCAGCUGUCCUCCAACAAUCGAUAUGGAUAUCAGAAUGGUGCCAGCUACACUUGGCAGUUUGAAGCCUGUAAAUCUCAAAUACUGAAGUGUAUGGAAUGUGGGAGUUCACAUGACACUUUGCAACAACUUACAACACACAUGAUGGUCACUGGACAUUUCUUGAAAGUUACUAAUUCAGCCUCAAAGAAGGGUAAACAGUUGGUUUUGGACCCCCUAGCUGUAGAAAAGAUGCAGUCACUAUCGGAUUCACCAUCAGGUGACAGUCCGUCAAAGCCAUCAGCAAGUUCUCCCUCGGGUGAAUCCGCAUCGGAAACUGUGACCAGUAAAGAAUGUAAAGUAGUGCAUAAUUCAGAAGAUGCUAAUAAAGAUGAAAAAACAGACACUAGUGAAGAACAUGAAGAUGUUCUGGAAAAGCCCCUAGAUCCGACACUGAAAUACCAGUACCUUCGGGAAGAAGAUUUGGAAGAUGGUUCCAAGGAAGGUGGAGACAUUUUGAAAUCUCUAGAAAACACUGUAACUUCUGCUAUUAACAAAGCCCAAAAUGGAACACCAAGCUGGAGUGCUUAUCCCAGCAUCCAUGCUGCGUACCAAAUUUCAGAUGUCAUGAAACCUUCAGUCUCCCUUGGUUCUCAAGUAAUGCAAAUGAGACCCAGCUUCUCCAAUAAAUUUAGGCCAAUUGCUCCAAAGUGUAAAUCUGUGCCACUUCCUUCAAAUACGCCACCAGAAUCUCAAUCUACCCAAGUGAAAGAGGAAUCCGAAGACAUGGACAUGGAAAAAGAAGAGACAAAAGAGAUCAUGAAGAUGGAGGUGAUGCAGGUAGAUAAAAAUGAGGAUUCACCAAAAACAGAAUCUUUUUAUGAGGCAACAAGAAAAGACCCCAGCUCCCCAAAACGUGAGGAGAAAACAAAGCAAACUUGUGAGGAAAAGACUAAAUUCCUGGAACCCAUAGAGCCUUCUCUGGGCAGUGACGACUGUUCUGCACUACAUAGUUCAGCAAAUCAUUCCCCUGACAUUCCAUGUGUGAAUCCUCUCAGCGCUUUACAGUCUGUAUUAAACAAUCACCUAGGCAAAGCAUCUGAGUCAUUAAGGCCAGCAGCCAGUUCAAAUCCCACAAGUCUAAUUACUAUGUUCCAGAAGCCUCCUGUGGCACGUAUAGAAAAAACAGUUGUAUGUCCAACUCCACGACGGUCUGCUGGUCACUAUUUAUUUGAAACCAAUGACCAACCAAUUGAUCUUACCAAAUCUAAGAAUAGGAAAGUAGAGUCAGCUAAGGCCCAGUCAUGCACCUCUCCACCCCAGAAGCAUGCUUUGUCUGACAUAGCUGAUAUGGUUAAAAUUCUUCCAAAAGCUACCACCCCAAAGCAUGUCGCUUCUGCAAGAAUGGCAUCCAUAAAAAUAGAGAUGGAUACCAGGCGCUUUGAAGAAGUUUCAGCGGAGGUCUCAUCCUUGCAUAAAAGAAAGGGAAGACAAUCUAACUGGAAUCCUCAACAUCUCCUCAUCUUACAAGCCCAAUUUGCUUCAAGUCUUUUCCAGACUUCAGAGGGUAAAUAUUUAUUAUCGGACCUUGGACCUCAAGAACGGAUGCAGAUUUCUAAGUUUACAGGACUUUCCAUGACUACAAUCAGCCACUGGUUGGCCAAUGUAAAAUAUCAGCUUAGAAAGACUGGUGGGACAAAAUUUCUGAAAAACAUGGACAAAGGCCACCCUGUGUUUUAUUGUAGUGACUGUGCUUCUCAGUUUAGAACCCCUUCCAGUUAUAUAAACCACCUAGAGACCCAUCUUGGGUUCCAAAUGAAAGAUAUGAAUAGGCUGGCAGUUGAACAGCAAACCAAGGUAGAGAAGGAAAUCUCUAGGGUGGCUGUUCAGCGGUCACCUCAGUCCAUAACGGGAGAAGAAGAUACAGACUGUAAGUUUAAAUGUAAAUUGUGUUGUCGGACAUUUGCCAGCAAGCAUGCAGUUAAGCUGCACUUAAGCAAAACACACAGCAAGUCCCCGGAACAUCAUUCACAGUUUGUAGCCGAAGUUGAUGAGGAAUAGACUGUAAAUGAUGCGUGUAUUCUUACUUUUAUUUCUUUUUGUGACUGUACAGUUUAUGAAACCAACAGAACAGGCUUAAGUGCUUUCAUAGAAGUAGUACAUUUCCUGAAGUAUAAGGGUAUAUGUUGAUGUAUAUACUGGUCUACUUCUAUUAUUUUUGGGUGGGGCAGCUCCCAUGACAUACAGAAAUGUAAUUCCUUUGUUUUUUCUUUUUGUUUUUUUAAAAAGCUGCUACUAAACCGUACUCUAUAGAAUUGCAUUACUCCUAAUUUACAUACACUGCGACAAAUACAUUUUCAGUAGGUUAUGAGACCCAAAGUGCCACAUUCCAACACCGUAACACAUUGGGCCAAAUGCAAUAGAGUGAGAGUUUCAGAAAGUGAGAGAUUUUGUAAGGUUUUUCAGUUUAUUUUAAAGUGGCAAUCAUUUACACUGAAAAAGCAGGUUGAUCUUGUUGUGUAAAUGAUUGCCACUUUAAAAAAAACCUGCAAAACCUUACCAAAUAUCUCACUUUUUCAAACGCUCACUCUAUUACAUUUGGACCAGUGUGUACAAUGCAUCGACAUUACGUGCAAAAAAGUAGAAGUAUCACUAAAUAUGGUAGGAUACCUAUACAAAAAUGAAGACUCCCAUUAUCUGCUUAUGUUUUAUUUAUUACACCAUAAAGUGCAUUUGUUCCUUUAGAUAUUAAUAGUACUUUUACUAAGUAUUUUUACACAUGUAUUUUAAGGCUCUCAAGAAGCCUAUCCCAGCAUUUGUGAAAAGAUAGAAUACAUAUAAUCUCAUAUUUAAAAAAAUACAUUUAAGUUGGGUUUUAAGUUUAAAUCACCACCAUUUAAUGUUAGCAGAAACCGCUUUAGUCACUGACCAUAACUUCCACAGAAAAUCUCUAGGGUUGGAGAUUCGUCCCCGGAGUUGUUCUUACUUUUUAGUAUUGCACAAUAACAUUCCUCUUAAUAUGCCAAAUACAGUUAUGCCCACCUGUUCUUAUUCUUUAUGCUACAGAAGUUAUGCCCUUAUUUAUCAAUGAGAGAUACAUUUCACUGUGAGUGAUACAUUGUACCAGCCAAUCAGCUCCCAACUUCCAUGUCACAGGCCGGGUUUGAAAAAUGGCAGGAGCAGAUUGGCUGGUGCAAUUUAUCACUCACAGUUAAAUUUAUCACUCAUUGAUAGAUAAGAGUGCUAAUAUUUAUUGAAAAUGAACAUGAAAACUUUAAAAAGUAGAUUAUUAUAAAGGUUCAGUCAGCAUGACCUGAUGGUGGUGUUGCACAUAGCAUGUUUAAUGCUACAUCUCCGCAGCAGUGUCCCAAGAAAUUAUUAAUAGAAAAUACUACCCAGGAUGCAGAAAGGUAAUGUUGGAAUCCAUGCAUAAAAUAUCUGUGACUGUCUGUACUUCACAAACUGUUUGUCAUAUGUUGUCAAUCUGUAUCACAUCCAAGUCUGAUUCAUCAAUUUCAAAAUGGACAAAGACAGCAGUACAAAUGCUGGGAUUUUCUUAAAAGAUACAAAGAAACACUUUCAUCUAAAGAAGAAUGCACAUUGCACAUACAUCAACAAAUAGAUCAUCAUCAGAGUAGUGUGAUAAAUAGGUACAGAAGAAAAGUUUGUUGUUUGGACUAAUAGCAGCUAUGCAGUUAUAGGGGUAUAUGUAUCAAGCCUUGGAAAGAGAAUUAGUGGAGAGAGAUAAAGUACUAACCACUCAGUUUCUAACUGCCAUGUUACAGGCUGUGUUUGAGUUAGGAGAUGAUUUGUUGGUACUUUGCAGUUGAUGCACCAAGAAGGGUCAAGAGUAGUGAAGUUGCCCGUAGUAACCAAUCAACUUUGAAGUUGAUAUGGGCAACUUCUCCACUGUUUUCAAAGCUUAAUACAACACCUUUAUCUCUCUCCAAUAUUUAAUACAUCUCCCCCAUAAGAAUGAUGAGGGAAGACAUUGAUUAGUGUUGAGCCUUGGGUUUUUUUUGUAAUACUUAAAAUGCAGCGUCAGUGAUGGCAGCUAUAGGCUAACAACAGCUGGACAGUUUGUUACUGAUACAAUCAUUGUUGUGCUGCAGGAAUAACUUAAAGCUUUGUUCAGCCAUAAUACAUUCUAUAGGAUGUGCACAUUUGUCAUCUUGUUGCUGGACAUAAUGUUUAAAUAUAUGUUCAUCUGAAAAAUCACUGCUGGGAGUUAUCUAGACAUAGGUCAGUGAGUACACACCUGUGCUGGAUUCUGCAAAAGUACCAUGUUUAACCACUGUCAGAACCGAAAAGUAACUGGAUACCAUUAUAUAUUUCAUUACAAAAAGAUACUAAGCAUUCAGACUAGGCAAAGGGUUCCCUUUCAUUGUAUAAAGUAUGGGCCUAAAAAAAACAGUUUAAAGACAAAUUCUCAAAUGUUUCACAUGGUUAAAAAUUAGUUUUCAAAUACACAGAUCCACCAAAACAAUAUUCUAGUAUUAUGAACAAUAUUCUUCAAGGCUACUUUCCGAAACAUCACAGUAAAAAUGUAAAACAAAUUGUAUGAUUUUCAAUUGAAUACAUUGCACCCUUGAAAUAAUAUCCCUUGAAGAUUCUUCUUUUGGGUGAAUGUUACUGUUUCAUAGUAGUUUUAACAAGCAAUAGGUGGGUGCACAGCAUUUGCUACAGCAAUUUGGUAGCAUUCAUAACCGUCUGAGUUUAAGCUACUAGAACAGUUGCACUUGCUGUUUUAAACUAUACAGUUUUUAAGACAUUACAGGUUUUUUUCAUUGUAUGAGAAUCCAGAUCUUGUAGGACAUGACCAACUUUUGAUAAAGCAGACCCACCAUCCACAUAACGGUGGUAGACAUUUAUGGGGUGAACCAAUACCAGCCUUUAUGACUCGUGUCAGCGAGACUCUGGUGAAACGGCAUUUUAAUAAAUAUUGGUUUAGUCCACAGAAUGGCCAACUCCACCGUGUGCGUGCAAUUGUUGGGUUUAGUGGGUUGCAAAAUACAGAAGAACUUUGAUACAACAUAUAAGCUUUUUGCUUGAUGUCCAAGAAUUGCAUUUGCGGUUUGCAGAUAAUAGGGGGAAACUAUUUCUGUUUGCACUCCGUCCAGUACACUUCUUACAAGAUAACUUUUAUAACAUGGGAUAAAUGCAAUUAAAGUUUUGUUUUGCUUCAAAUCAUUAUUUGUGCAUCCAUAUUUCAGAAUUAGUGGGCCCAACAUAAAAAUGUAAUUAAAGUGUACUUCCACCUCAUUUGGUAAAUACGCCAUUAAAUAAGGCUUAGUUACAUAUUCUAGUAGGGUCAUUCAUUUUAAGGUUCGUUAUUGUCUUGGUUAGAUCUAUAAAACUUUGACGAUAAAAGGAGAAGCGUGGCUUCUGCUGCCACAGACACGCUUACUGUAUAUAGUGCUGCAAUAUAAAUUUGCAUUGGGGGAAAAAGCACAAAAAAAAGAAAAGAGAGAGGUUCUUUAUAUGCCUUGGAUUGUUUAUGAAGUGUUAACAUGCGCAGGAAGUUGAUUUUGUACGGUAUGUUAACUUGCUAAAGAUGUAUCUCUGAUUUGCAAAUAUAACUUAAAUACAAAUGUUCUAUCAUAUGUUGUUUAAGGCGAAUACUUAAUCUGUUAAGUUUGUAAUAUAUAAAUGCUGUAACUAUUCAUAUUUAAGCAGGUUAUAAUGAUAACAAAA